AUGUCUACAAAACCCCGCUCGCUCUCCCUAAGUAGGAAAGCGGGUUUUGCAGUCACCACAUCCAGUACCGAUGUUCAUGCGCCCUUGCGUCGCACUCAGUCUACCAAAAUCCCGAGGCGACACAAUGUUUCGACAACAUCAGUUGCAAAUGAAAAAUCUCUCUCUAUCACGCCAGGCAUUGAUGACUUGGACAAAUCAGAUAUAGAAACACGCACCCGUAAGCAUGUGGGACGUAGAAGCAAGAAGAAAUCGAUUAGUGAGCGGUCGAUGGACUCUACAACCAGUAACAACGGGUCAUUAAAAAAAUCCGCCAUGAAGAAGUUCAUUAGCGCACUACAGACAGAUGCGUCUAGUGAGUGCGAAGUGACUGCAGGCCCCAAGUCACCACUAUCGCCUAGAAGACGUGAGUCCCAUAGUACUGAGGGCUCAUUGAGACGUCCCAGCAGCUUUGAGCCCGACACUGCUGGAAGUGGAGGUUUGAUUCGUCGGCGGGCUUCCAGACAGAGCAGAACCGACAAUGUAAAAUGUGUAAGCUCGAUCAAUGAGAUUGCCGAACCAGGCAGCUGUUCUUCACCACAUAAUCUCAACAUGUCAGAGAACCCAAGCGUAGUAUCUGAUACAAAGAGUGAGUCCACUAAAUCCAGGAAUACACACAAGCUGAUGUCUAUGCUGUCUGCCGACAUGGCUGAAGACAUUGCGACAAUCAUUGGGGAGAACCUUCUGCUCAAGUUGGAUGUUGCAGCCGAAUCACAAGACAUUGAUGAGUGCCAAUUCGUCAGCAGUAUUUCCAGAUCCCCGUCCAUUCAUCGCCACCCAAGCCAGAAUGUCAUAUUGUCACCUGAAAUAUCAGUGCCUUCCUUAUCUACUCAGCGCAAGCCUAGUACGACUACUUCGUCCAAUUUGCUGGAAGUCAACUCCGACAUCGAAUAUCGCAAGAAAACACGCCGGGGAUCAGUGCUGAGCAAGAAAGAGUCAGACACUAAUCAUCUAGCUGUCGAUCGCCCUCAGAAUACCGCCUCAUCCGCACCUAUUCGCCGGAAGCAGUCAUUGAUCCCUACUGAUGGCGAUUCCAGCCUGAAUUCAGAUAGUGUGGCGUCUAUUCACUGCGACCGCGGGGACAGUGAUACGAAGCACAGCAAGCAUAAAGGCUUUAAGCCCACUUGGAUGCGUCGAUUGAGAAAGAGACACGAAGACGACAACGAAGACGUAUGCGACGACAAAUUCGAGGAGAUCCCCGUGUCUAGCACUUCGAGUAUGGAUGCGGGGCCCACCUCACAGAGCCGAGCGCGCAAGACUAUGUCUGUCAUCGGUUCGUUACCAUACACAGGCCAUGAUAGCAGAGAUCCCACAGGAAAAACGACACACAGAUCGCGCACUAUAGCAUCUACUGGAGGGAGAAGAUCUAGCGUGCUACCUUCUUCGCUUCAAAGCAAACGGGAUUCGAUUCGUGGAGUCACAUCUAAGCCAAUAUUGGAGAACCUGAUUUUUGAUCCAACUCACUGGACAUGUUGCGGUAUAUUGAGCGGUGUUGGGCAACACAACGAGCCUGAGUGGCAUAUAUUGAUAUACCCAGUGUAA